CCGGGCGGCGUGCGCGCUCUUCCCGGCGGCCGCGCAGGUUCAAAAAUCACAAAUGUCUUCAAAUGAUGGAAGAUCCAGGAAUUGGGACAGGCACUAUGAUGAGGUCCCAAGUGAAUCACCCUAUCGAGAUGGCACCGUAAGAAGCCUCCAGACUCUUCACGACAGGGAGCUGGCCGUGAGCUCUGAUCCUUUACCACCGCCCCCUCUCCCAUUACAGCCACCAUUUGGCCCAGAGCUCUACUCAAGUGACACAGAGGAACCAGCCAUAGCUCCAGAUCUGAAACCAGUAAGACGCUUUGUCCCUGAUUCCUGGAAGAACUUCUUCAGAGGGAAGAAAAAGGACCCAGAGUGGGACAAACCGGUGUCUGAUAUCAGAUACAUCUCCGAUGGAGUGGAGUGUUCACCUCCAGCCUCGCCAACAAGACCAAACCAUCGUUCGCCUCCCAACUCCUGCAAAGAUCCUUAUGGAGGGUCAGAAGGAACCUUAACUUCCCAGAAAGAAACUGAUGCAAUGUUUCCCCAUGACCCCUGUGGGUCUCUAGGCCGACACACAACGGUUCGAACGUACAGCGAGAAGGUGGAGGAGUAUAACCUGAGGUAUUCCUACAUGAAGUCCUGGGCAGGCCUGCUGAGAAUUCUGGGCGUAGCAGAGCUGCUUUUGGGGGCUGGGGUCUUCGCCUGUGUCACAGCUUACAUUCACAAGGACAGUGAGUGGUAUAACUUGUUUGGAUAUACACAGCCCUACGGCAUGGCAGGUGUCGGUGGCCUGGGCAGUAUGUAUGGGGGCUAUUACUACAGCGGCCCCAAGACCCCUUUUGUACUCGUGGUUGCCGGAUUAGCUUGGAUCACCACCAUCAUUAUUCUGGUUCUUGGCAUGUCCAUGUAUUACCGGACUAUUCUUUUGGACUCUAAUUGGUGGCCCCUAACUGAAUUUGGAAUUAAUGUCGCCUUGUUUAUUUUGUAUAUGGCCGCAGCCAUAGUCUAUGUGAAUGAUACCAAUCGAGGUGGACUCUGCUACUAUCCAUUAUUUAAUACGCCAGUGAAUGCAGUGUUCUGCCGAGUAGAAGGAGGACAGAUAGCUGCCAUGAUCUUCCUCUUUGUCACCAUGAUAGUUUAUCUUAUCAGUGCUUUGGUUUGCCUGAAGUUAUGGAGGCACGAGGCAGCUCGCAGACAGAGAGAAUACAUGGAACAACAGGAGAUAAAUGAGGCAUCCUUGUCAUCGAAAAGGAAAAUGUGUGAAAUGGCCACCAGUGGUGACAGACAAAGGGACCCAGAAGUUAAUUUUAAAGAACUGAGAACAACAAAAAUGAAACCUGAACUACUGAGUGGACACAUCCCCCCAGGCCACAUUCCAAAACCCAUCGUGAUGCCUGACUAUGUGGCAAAAUACCCUGUGAUUCAGACAAAUGAUGAACGAGAACGCUACAAAGCAGUAUUCCAAGACCAGUUUGCAGAGUACAAAGAGCUGUCUGCAGAAGUUCAGGCUGUCCUGAGGAAGCUUGAUGAGCUGGAUGCAGUGAUGAGCAGAUUGCCACGUCAUUCGGAAAACCGACAGGAACAUGAGAGAAUUUCAAGAAUCCAUGAAGAAUUUAAGAAAAAAAAGAAUGAUCCUACAUUUCUGGAAAAAAAAGAACGCUGUGAUUAUCUGAAGAAUAAACUUUCUCACAUAAAGCAAAGAAUUCAAGAAUAUGAUAAAGUAAUGAAUUGGGACAUACAAGGUUAUUCUUAAACCUUAUUUGAAACCAUUUUUUAUGAAUUUGCUAUUUAUUUACUGCGUUUUUAUGCUAGUCCCUUUGGUAGAAGAGCAAAUGCUUCCUGAAUCAGCUUCUAGUUAUUUUAACCAGGAUGCAUUGUUAAAAAAUACGAUUUCACUCAAACAUUUCAAAACAAAAUUCACAUUUACUAAGAACCUUUUACCAAGAGUGGAAGAAAUACUUUGUAUACAGUUUCCCAUUUGUCAAUCUCAUCAAAAUGUGCUGCCAUUUUAGAGAUCAUCUCCUUGCAGUGUGAUGAGCAAAUGGACUAUCAAUUCUGGUGCUGCUUCCCCCUCCACUGUUUUUUUUU